UCAGGCAACAUUUUAUUGUGAAAAACUUGUAGCGGAAAACCUGAUCAUGUUCUGGCUAGCGGAACAUAAGGCUAUGGCGAUGGCAGGCUGUCAACAACGUAGGAAUAGCCGAAAUUGAAUUCUGCUUGGCUCUUUAUCGUCUGCUUCUGCCAGAUCCUUUCGGUGUACCCAAACCAGGCUUCAGUGUUAUGGAUGAACCAUGAAGGCCCAAUUACAAGUCACAGUGCUUUCAGCCAAGCUGAAGGAAAACAGAAAGAACUGGUUUGGUCCCAGCCCUUAUGUCGAGGUAACCGUGGAUGGCCAGUCAAAGAGGACUGAGAAGUGCAACAACACACACAGUCCCAAGUGGAAACAGGCUGUCACAGUAAUUGUUACUCCGGUCAGCAAGCUGAUAUUUCGUGUUUGGAGCCACCAGACACUGAAAGCAGACAUCCUGUUGGGAGUGGGCCUACUGGAGAUCAGUGAGAGCCUUAAGGCUAACGACCUGAAACUUUGUGAGGUAGUGCAGACACUGCAGCUGUGCUCUGACAGAGACCCUCGGGAUGUUGUUGGCGACCUGUCGGUCUGUCUGGACGGCAUGCAGGUAGACCCGGAAACCUUUGCCUCGGCAGAGAGAGAACAUGCUACUCUUCCAAAUGGAAUUGCAAAAAGAAAUGGAGACACUGGCAACAGGUCAAGCAGAGACACAUCCCCCUCCAGUGACUCAGAGGAGUGGGUUAUUGUACCGAAUGGUCACGCCGUCAAUGGUGCGGGUUCUCCUUCACGAUCUCCAGGGGGCUCCAACGGCCCGCGUCCUCCCAGACCAGCCCGGCCUCCUCCUCCUACGCCUCCCAGACCAGCAGCCUCACCGACCUCUUCAAGCAGUUCCUCCCCUAGUGAGCUGAGUGAAGGUCCAGCAUCUGAUGGUUCUUCUCAGGCGUCAGCUAGUGGAUGUUCAAAUCAGCAGGAUGACUCAAGAGCAGCAACACCAACCGCAACACCAACCGCAACACCAACCGCAACACCAACCGCAACACCAACCGCAAUACCAACCGCAACAGCAACCGCAACAGCAACCGCAACAACAACAGCAAUAACAACAGCAACAACGACAGCGACCGCAGGUUCUUCCCAGACAGCAAGUGGCCCCAAACCGGGGACCUCUGCCUCAGCAGCUCUGGCCACAACACCUCCCAGAAUCACACCCAUGAGCAAUGGCCCCUUACCACCAGGGUGGGAGCAAAGGGCGGACCAGAACGGACGGUUGUACUUCGUGGAUCAUAUUGAGAAAAGGACGACCUGGGAAAGACCCGACCCUCUGCCAUCAGGGUACCAACACAUGUGGGAGCGCAGGGUGGACCCGAUGGGUAGGGUGUACUACGUCGACCACAUAACCCGAACUACUACGUGGCAACGACCCACGCAGGAGUCGGUGCGUAACUAUGAAGAGUGGCAGCACCAGCGCAGCCAGCUGCAGGGAGCCAUGCAGCAGUUCAACCAGAGGUUCAUUUAUGGGCUCCAAGACCAGUUGGCAGCCACGGCCAACAAAGAGUUUGACCCGCUGGGACCACUGCCACAUGGCUGGGAGAAGAGAACAGACACCAACGGCAGAGUGUAUUUUGUCCAUCACCCUACUCGGGCGACACAGUGGGAGGACCCCAGGACACAAGGGCUGCUGAAUGACAAGCCCCUGCCAGAGGGUUGGGAGAUGCGGUUCACAGUAGAUGGUAUUCCCUACUUUGUAGACCACAACAGGAGAACCACAACCUACAUCGACCCUCGCACAGGGAAAUCCUCUCUUGAGAAUGGGCCGCAGAUAACCUAUGUCAGGGACUUCAAAGCCAAAGUGCAAUACCUCAGGUUCUGGUGUCAGCAAUUGUCGAUGCCGCAGCACAUUAAGAUUAACGUCUCCAGGAAAACCUUGUUUGAGGAUUCCUUUCAACAGAUCAUGAGCUUCCACCCUCAAGAUCUGAGGCGGAGGCUGUGGAUCAUUUUUCCUGGAGAGGAAGGCUUGGACUACGGAGGUGUGGCCAGGGAAUGGUUCUUCUUGCUCUCUCAUGAGGUACUGAACCCCAUGUACUGUUUGUUUGAGUAUGCUGGCAAGGACAACUACUGUCUGCAGAUCAACCCGGCGUCCUACAUCAACCCCGAUCACCUCAAGUACUUCAAGUUCAUAGGACGCUUCAUCGCCAUGGCCUUGUUCCAUGGAAAGUUCAUCGACACAGGUUUCUCACUGCCCUUCUACAAGCGAAUUCUGAACAAACCUCUGGCUCUCAAAGACCUGGAGUCCAUCGAUCCAGAGUUUUACAACUCGCUCAUCUGGAUCAAGGAUAAUAACAUAGAGGAGUGCGGACUGGAGAUGUUCUUUUCCGUUGACAAAGAGAUCCUGGGGGAGGUCACCACCCACGAGCUGAAAGCAGACGGAGGGAACGUCCAAGUAACGGAGGAAAAUAAGGAGGAAUACAUCAGGUUGGUGGCAGAGUGGAGGCUGUCCAGAGGUGUGGAGGAGCAGACUCAAGCAUUCUUUGAGGGCUUCAAUGAAGUCUUGCCACAGCAGUACCUUCAAUACUUUGAUGCUAAGGAACUAGAGGUGAUGCUUUGUGGGAUGCAGGAGAUCGACCUGGUGGACUGGCAGAGAAACACAAUCUACAGGCAUUAUGCCCGAAGCAGCAAACAGAUCCUCUGGUUCUGGCAGUUUGUGAAGGAGAUGGACAACGAGAAGAGGAUGAGACUGCUGCAGUUUGUCACAGGAACCUGUCGCCUUCCUGUCGGUGGCUUCGCUGACCUGAUGGGAAGCAACGGCCCUCAAAAGUUCUGCAUUGAGAAAGUGGGCAAAGAGAAUUGGCUUCCACGAAGCCACACAUGCUUUAAUCGUCUGGACCUCCCUCCUUACAAGAGCUAUGAGCAGCUGAAGGAGAAGCUCAUGUUCGCCAUAGAGGAGACGGAAGGCUUUGGGCAGGAGUGAUGCACCAAGAGAUGGGAUGGAGCAGUGUUGGCUCGGCGGAGCUAUAUCCAUUUCAGACAAGAGAAAACGGAUUCUCAGAUUCUUCUUGCGGCCAGGAGCUGCUUUUAAACUGGUAGACGGGCGUGCAAAUCUUUAUUUUCUAUAACAUUAUCAUAGGCUGUAAGAACUGUUUCCAAGCUGUCACAAAUUAAUUUCCCCCACAAGACACCUGUGAAUCCUCCUGACUCUGUUUCACUUCUCACCUACACGAUGAGUUCCACCCUAAUCCAGCUGAUGUCUCUCUUAGUCCUGGUCGGCCCACUAUCAGGCGCUGGAGGCAGAAGAGACGCCUCUCUCACUCCGUCAUGUCUGCAGUCGCUCUGCGUUGCGCAAGUGCCGCCUCCGCACGUACGUCCGUGAAUCUGUGCAGUAGUAACUUCUUAAGAGCCGCCUUGGUCGGGUCUAUGCACUAGAAUUAACAAUUUUAGAGAAAAAGAACCAAAUGUGUGCGUUUUGAGGAAAGAAAAAAAGGUUCAUAUCUAAAAGUAACAUGUGGCACAUAUAUGGUUAAUAUGGUUAUAACUUUUAUUUUUCUUUAUUUGAAAGGAUGGAUGAAUGGACAGAUGGUGUUUUUUGGGUUUUUUUUUUAAACAGUUGACUGACUCCCGUAGCACAUACGCAGUUUCUUUAUUAACUUUGAUGAAUAUGAUCAUGCUAAUUGUAAUGCUAAUGUCUCUUAUUUUCACAGGUUGAUUUCUUAACGAGUUGAAUCUUUGAACUAGUUUGCACAUAGUUAUGUGAGCAGGAAGUCGGUUGUGAUUGUUAUUAAGAGAAGUUGUAUUUUUAUGUGCAAUAGUUUUGUAGAAAACAAUUUUGCCAAUAAUGGAGCCAAAACAGUGAUUUGUUUGAUCAUUUUAUAACACUUUGGUAAGUUUCGGCAUUUAUUUCAAUUCUCGAUAUGAACAUUUGCAUGCUUGCAGGUGUAUUUGGUGAAACUGGUUUGGUUGUGAUUUGAUUUUUAGUACUUUGCCUUCCCAAAGUGAUAAUAUCAGCCUGUUUGACCACGAAUGGUCACUUCCUUUACCAGUCAGGGGAGACUGAAAAGAGUGAAGUCUUUUUAUUGAUAAUUAUUAGCUGCUACUAAUGAAGUGGGCGCUUUAGGAUGCAUUAUGUCAAAGAGAACAAUGACUUGUUGAGUAAUGACCUAUUCCCACUGAAAGGUAGCCCAUUCUCUGGUAGACAUCCAGAAUUAAGUAUUAUUCUAGAUCAAUGGUGAAGAUGCUGUUUAUUGUGUUAAAGUGACUAAUACAGUUUAUGUAAAUAUACUUACAGAGUAGAGAAUGUUCACCCAAGCAGUGGACCCCUUUUGAGUUGCAGGCAUAAGUUGAUAACUAAGAUUUGAAUUAAUGUUAUAUAUAUAUAUGUAUAUAUAUAUAAAGUGGCCCUAGUUUUAUAGGGUGUUAGUAUUCAGAUUUGUACAGUAGUAUAUUAGUGUAUUUCCCGUCUUUUCCAAAAAUAGCUCCGCCGACGUCAAACUUAAAGUUUCUUUUUAGUAUCAGGUAGAGUGUAACUUUAAGAAAAUGACUAUGGAAACAAUCUACCAAAGGAUUUUAUUUAAUUAUUUUUUGUAAACCAUUUGACUUAAAGGUCGAAGUCAUUAAAGUGUGAUCAGUUCUUAACGAAAUGCUGACACAUUUUCAUAUCAGUGAUCACUAUUAAAUUGUCCUUUAUCAUGUUAGUGGGUAACACUGUGACGAACACAAAGGUAGCUCGGCUACUUCAAUCAUAAAUACAAAAUUUGAAAAAAAAAAAAUGAAAUCUGUCAAGUGAUAUUUUUUAACGACUUGUAUCUGUCAAAGCAUCAAGUUGUGUAGUGUGUGUGUGUGUGUGUGUGUGUGUGUGUGUGUGUGUGUGUGUGUAUAGGUAGCAUGGUGCAAAUUAAAUGGUAUAAUUUUCAAUGUGUAUCCAGAUCAUUGAACAAACUUCAUUAAGUUUCAGGAAAUUAAAUUUGAAUUCCCAGUAAAAGGAUGUUGUGCUCACGUAUGAACCAUGUGGCUGUGUGUCAUUCCAUGGUGUCGAUGCUGCAGAAGAAAGAACGUAAGCUCUCCCUCUUUGACCUGACGGGUGUAUUGGCGCUCAGUCAAUACCGGUUACUGCUCACUUUACACUAUAUUGUGUCAGAUGUUUCACAUUAUCUUACAUGUAUCCCCUUACUGACAGUACUGCACACGCAUACAUUCAAAACCUAGUGUGUACCUCCUGGUUUGCAGACUUGUGAAGAGAUUAUUGUAAAAAAAAAAGAAACCAUGAUUUAAAAAAAAAAAAAAAAAAGGUUUGUAAUUAAAAUGUUUACUGUUGAAUAUUUUAACAGAUUACAACUAAUAAUUUAGCACCUUGACACUCCAAACCGGUUGAAUUAACCACUUCACUGUUUAAUCACUGCUGUGUUCCAGAUCAUGGAGCAGUUAAAUGUAUAGAAAUAUGCAAAAAUAGUGUUUUAGUUGUGCUGAUUGCAUUGUAAAUCAUGUUGAUAGUGUAAUCACUGUUUUUUGAAGCUCUAACUUUUUUGAUAAGUGGAAUCCAUUGGUUGGAUAUUAUUUAUUUGUAGGAUGGGUUUCAUGUAACAAUGGACUGGAUUGAUUGAGAGAUGAAAAACGGUAAUAAAAUAACACUGGGCUCCUGCAGGACACGUGUGAAGUGUUAAUUAUUAUCAAAGCAGCGUUUUUCACAUUUGUUCACAAUAUUCUACACAGUUCAUUGGCUUUGUUUGUAUUUGUCUUCUAAAUAAAUAUAGGGAAACUGUUUUGCAUAUUGUCCCUUUAAAAAAAGCCUCAAUACUGCUUACACAUUAAUGCAACAGUGAUUGACAUCUAAGAGUACAAUAACAUACCACUCUGAAACAGGCAUUCUGCACAAGUUCUGUUACUCUUGAUAUUUUAAGUAUAUUUUGCAAAUAAUAUGUUUACUACUACUUUGACUUGAGUAAAGGAUGUGAAUACUAGCCGAUGCUUCCUACUGUGAAAAAGGAGGAAUGAAGGCGGCUUAUGGAUGCAAAGCACAGAAUGUAAUGUUUUAAAUGUAUUUCUUAAUUAUGUUUCUUGCUGUGAGCAUGGGUGUUGACUCGGAGAAUGUUUCAGAAUAUGUGUUAAGUGUGUCCGCUCUUAAAUUAACUUUGGUCAAUUCUUAUUUGAGAUAUUCCUAAAACUCACUCUUAACAUUAUGUGAUAUACAAAAGCUAAAUGACUAAUGCAAUUACCAAAGUUACUCACCAAGUCUGAGGUAAGAAGCUGCUCUGAAGGCGGUAUGGUAACUGAUACUUCUGUAACUCUUGUCAGAUGGCAGCAUGGUGAGUAUUUCCAUUGUAUGUGGAUUUAUACUUCUGCUCCAUUACAUCUCAGAGGCAAAUAUUGUACUUUUUACACUAUUACA